UCCAAGUGUCUGUAUCAGACUUAACACAACAGCAGGUCGCGACGUCUCUGUCAGGUCCAGGAGAAUCCGGGGUUUACGAGCAGGAGCCGGGAGGAGCGACACCGGGCGGUGAAAGACACCUAGGAGCCACUGCUGCAUCAUUCCUAAGUUCUUCUUCUCCUCCGAAACAAGUGGCACUUCGCAACACAGAAGGGAACGGAUUUGUGGAGCGCAUAAGCGACCGAGGCUUUCAGUUUCCCAAGUUGAUCUCCUGUGCUCACCUUAACAUGGCUUCAACGACCUGCACCAGGUUUACCGAUGAGUACCAGCUGUACGAGGAGCUGGGGAAGGGUGCUUUCUCUGUGGUGAGACGGUGCAUGAAGAUUUCCACAGGGCAGGAAUACGCCGCCAAAAUAAUCAAUACCAAGAAGUUGUCAGCCAGGGAUCACCAGAAGUUGGAGCGGGAGGCCAGGAUCUGCCGCCUGCUCAAGCAUGCCAACAUCGUGCGGCUCCAUGACAGCAUAUCAGAGGAAGGAUUCCACUAUCUGGUCUUUGACUUAGUUACCGGUGGUGAGCUGUUUGAGGACAUUGUUGCCAGGGAGUACUACAGCGAAGCCGAUGCCAGUCACUGCAUACAGCAGAUUCUAGAAAGUGUAAAUCACUGCCACAUAAAUGGCAUAGUGCACAGGGACCUAAAGCCGGAGAAUUUGCUCCUAGCCAGCAAACUGAAAGGGGCAGCGGUUAAACUGGCAGAUUUUGGCCUGGCCAUUGAAGUGCAGGGAGACCAGCAGGCAUGGUUCGGUUUUGCCGGGACACCAGGGUACCUGUCCCCAGAGGUGCUAAGGAAAGAUCCCUACGGCAAGCCGGUGGACAUGUGGGCCUGUGGUGUGAUCCUCUACAUCCUCUUGGUGGGAUAUCCUCCAUUCUGGGACGAGGACCAGCACAGACUCUACCAGCAGAUUAAAGCUGGUGCUUAUGAUUUCCCUUCUCCUGAGUGGGACACAGUGACUCCAGAGGCCAAAGACCUGAUCAACAAGAUGCUGACCAUUAAUCCAGGCAAGAGAGUGACCGCCACAGAUGCACUCAAACACCCCUGGAUCUGCCAACGCUCCACUGUGGCGUCCAUGAUGCACAGGCAGGAGACUGUGGAGUGCCUGAAGAAAUUCAACGCUAGAAGGAAACUCAAGGGCGCAAUCCUGACCACUAUGCUCGCCACUCGCAACUUCUCAGCAGCCAAGAGCCUGCUGAACAAGAAACCAGAUGGUGUCAAAGAGUCCAGUGAGAGUGCCAACACUACCAUCGAGGACGAGGACGUGAGAGCUCGUAAGCAGGAGAUCAUUAAAGUCACUGAGCAGCUGAUCGAGGCCAUCAACAACGGCGACUUUGAGGCCUACACGAAGAUAUGUGAUCCUGGCCUCACGUCCUUUGAACCCGAGGCUUUGGGCAACUUGGUGGAGGGCACAGACUUCCACCGCUUCUACUUUGAGAAUGCUCUGUCCAAGGGGAAGCAGCCCAUCCACACUAUCCUGCUCAACCCCCACGUCCACCUGAUCGGGGACGAGGCCGCCUGCAUUGCCUACAUCCGCCUCACCCAGUACAUCGACGGCAACGGCAUACCUCGCACCAUGCAGUCGGAGGAGACCCGCAUCUGGCACCGCCGCGACAGCAAGUGGCAGAACAUCCACUUCCACCGCUCCGGCUCACCCACCGUGCCCACCAAUUGAGAGGAUGAUCUCUGACUGCAAACAGCCUACAGCAGUCAGCUGAACAGACCCCGCCCACCAAGUGUCCGUCAGAUCCCUCAGCCAAUCCCUGCCCAUGAUAGCUAGAGCUCUGCCCUCUCAGUGUGUUGUUUACAUAUUGUCGCUGCUGGACAGAAGAUUAUUGUACAUGUUGGGGAGAAGAAAAAAAAGGUAGAAGACCUUAUUUCUUGACAAUAUCUUUUUGUAGUGAGAGUGUGUGUUGUUCAUUCCAGGAUAUUACCAUCUGCAGCAUGUUUUAUUACGCGGAGGUUUUUUAGAUCAGUAGGUUUUAAAUAGAAGUGGUUUUCAGAGCAGCCACUGGUUCCAGUUGGUUCAUUUUUAAUGGGUUGGUGAAAUAUGUGAAACUUGCAGUCAUCAUGUAGUUGCAGAUCUUUUCUUUUGAAUAUUGCACAUAUUGAGGACUCAUGAGUUGUUGUGAUUUGUCUCCUCUUUUUUUUUUUUCGCCUUUGGCGCAAUGACCAAUAUAUCACAUAUCUGCUUUUUACUCAUGUAUCUUUUCAGAACUGCCAUUUAUUAAAGCUCAGGCUCAAGCUUGCUUUCUUCUGGUAAUGUGUAGGUUUUGGUAAUUGGUGUUAAUUGCUCUCUCUUAACUUAAUCUAUUAGUAUCCAUAUGAGCUGAGUUGGCUAAUUUUACAAAUCUGUUUUGCCCUUGGCACUAAGUUGUAUUUUAUGUUUACUCAGAAUUUUAACUAUGAAUGUUUAAAAGGGAACUCAGUUGAAACGUGUUUAAUUUUGUCUGUUUUGGACCUCUAUCACGUGAGAAGAGUAUCUUCACAGAAUGGAUCUCUGAAAUACAGAGGAACGUAUAAUAAUUCAUUUAUUCUUUAAGGCCAUUCUUUAAAGCUUUUCAGUCAAAUGAUCUUUUCAUACAGUAUCAGUUGAUCCGUUUUGUUGACAUGUUAUAUCCUCAUUAUUAUCGCUUUCCUUUAAAUCUUUUAACCUUGAUUGUCUUUAUUGGUGAAUCCUUCCUUUAUCCUCUGUCCAGCUGGUGUAAGCCAAUGUUAAAGCACCAUCUUUUACACUGGACAAGACUAAAGUAGAAUCAUGAUGUUGAGACUGUCAGGAAUCUCAAGUCCAGCUGAAACGUUUGCUUCUGGAAGCACGAUUCCCAUUUAUUUUUGUCAUGGGGAAUUGGAUCAUCAGCCAGAAUUACUUAACAGUAAAUCACUAUUGUUCUUGACGUUCUAGUUCUUAUGUCACUCUUUGUUAUUUUGGUAUCACUGUUAAAUCAAAGGGAAAGAGGAUUGUCAUCACUUGCAGGUUCAGAUUAGGAGGGAUGGGAAAGAUAAUUCAGAAUCAAAGCACUGGGUAAAGGAAGCAGUCACCUUCAGAGUCACAGGGUGUCCACUGAUGGUUACAUUUGUGUUUGUGAGAUUUUGUCUUCAGAACACUGUUUCUGCAGUCUUUAAUCACAUUUGUCCCGCACACGACACAUUUUGUUUUUGUCUCAAGAUGCAGUGAAAUUCCCGAUGGGACACAUCACAUAUAUAAUGUUGCCAUGAUGGGACAAGCCUGAUGUAUGUUUAAGAAAUAUCAAAUAAAGUGUGAUUUAUGCCAAAUGA